AUGAACGAUUCAUUAUUUUCUCGAGUUUUAUCUACUAUUCAAUAUCAUCAAUUUAUAGCUGGUCUUUUCGGUGGAAUUAUUUCAUCAAUUGUACUUCAUCCAUUUGAUCUAAUUAAGAUACGAUUUCAAGUAAAUGAAUCGAAAUCAAAUAAAGAUAAUCGACCAUUACCAUAUAGACCAUAUUAUAAAAAUUUCCUUGAUGCAUUUCAAUCAAUCUAUCGUGAAAAAGGUCUGCAAGGUUUAUAUGAAGGGGUAACACCAAAUGUUGUUGGAAAUGGAAUAUCUUGGGGUCUUUAUUUAUUUAUAUAUAAUACAAUUGUUGUUUUAAAUAAUGAUGAAGAUAAAAUGAAAAAUUUAACAUUUUAUUAUCGUGUAAUUUAUUCAACAACAGCUGGUUUAAUAACAAUUAUUUUAACGAAUCCAAUAUGGGUUAUUAAAACACGUAUGUGUUUACAAUAUUCAAAAAAUAAAUCAGCUGUUACAUAUAAUAAUAUGUUUGAUGCAUUUCGAAAAACUUAUCAAGCAGAAGGAAUAAAAGCAUUUUAUUCAGGUCUUACACCUGGUUUAGUUGGUAUAUUUCAUGGUACAAUACAAUUUUCAUCUUAUGAACAAAUGAAAAGUUUUUAUGCGAAUGCAUUUCAUACAACAUAUUUUCCUACGGCAAUUAUUUUAACAUUUUCAGCUUUAUCAAAAUUUAUCGCUGCUACAUCAACAUAUCCAACACAAGUUGUACGUACACGUUUACAAGAUCAACAUCAAAAUUAUAAUGGUGUUAUAGAUGUUAUUAAGAAAACAUAUGAACGAGAGGGUAUUAGUGGAUUUUUUAAAGGAGUUGUACCAGCACUUUAUCGUGUUAUACCAGCUAGUUGUAUAACAUUUAUUUCCUAUGAAUUUAUUCUACACGAAUUAAAAGGUGGAAUUAUUUGA